AGUUCGGCCGUGCUGCUACCUUAUCGGUCCAUGGCGACAGUGGAUGACAGCUGAAGGUUCGUAAAGGUCCAUGACGAUCGAGCCAGCUUGGCGUCGUAACCUGGGGAUCCCUUCUGUCGCCUUUUACGUGUUUUGACACAGUUUCAAAGGACGCGAAAGGACUUUACAGCCGGAUAUUGACAUUCUCCUGGCUUGGACAGCUCGAAGGCGACGAGCGAAGAGUCGGAUGUGCUUCUUGUUCUUGUUCCGCAUGGCGUAGUCUCCUUCUUGUCCUCCUCGGCAGAACCUUAUACAUGGUCGGGGGGUCUCUGCAGACCCUCGGGUCGACGGUCCUUUCAGAACCAACCGGACCUUGCAGUUAGUGCGGACUGUCGGCGGAUAUGUUGGCCCAGUAGCGACGAGGUGGACCACGUCUGGUUGCCUCGGUGUGGUGGACCUGCAACUUCUGACGUUGUUUUUUUUUUUUGGUUUUUUAGUUUAAAACAAAGAAAAUACGUCAUUAUCUUACCUUAUAUCAGCUUUGGGAGCUUUGACAAGAGGACAAGAAGAAGAACAUUUGUGUCUGCAAAAUGACGUCCUGCACCCCUGCAGACAUGAUUAACCUGCGGCUGAUCUUGGUCAGUGGGAAGACGAAAGAAUUCCUUUUUUCUCCCAACGACUCGGCGGCAGACAUCGCCAAGCACGUUUAUGACAACUGGCCAAUGGACUGGGAGGAGGAGCAGGUCAGCAGUCCCAACAUCCUGAGGCUCAUCUACCAGGGACGCUUCCUGCACGGCAACGUGACGCUAGGAGCACUCAAGCUGCCUCUGGGGAAGACCACCGUCAUGCACUUAGUCGCCAGAGAGACGCUGCCUGAGCCCAACUCCCAAGGUCAGAGGAACAGGGAGAAGACUGGAGAGAGUAACUGCUGUGUCAUCCUGUGAAUAAACACCUUUUAGCCCCUCCCCCUCGUCCCUCCUGUCGGGGGCCCGCCCACGCGGUCUCUCCUGGCCAUUCAUGUUUGGAAGACAGUGAGCUCGUCGCCCACCUGUCCCGGGCGCUGUCCUCGCUGCGCACAACACACACUGUUUUACUUGAUUUUCUGUCAUUAUACUACAUUUCUUCUUCGUUUCUCAACACUUUAAGCCUUCUAACUAACACACACACCCAUGCACACUGACGCUGUAGCCAAUUAUCAUGUUGUAACUGGCUGUUAGCUGGUUGUCAUAGCAACGAUGCCUUCAUUUUCUUUCUUUGAGCUCACACUUCUAACCACUGAUUAGAUGCCAACACACACACACACACACGUGUCACGAAGGCCCACAUUUUGUCGCCAAACAAAGUGACAAGCGUGCAGCGUUUGUGACAGUUCUUCAAUGCCACUUCACGCCUCCGGCUUACCUGGCCCCUCCCCUCCUGGAGUAGAAGAGACGCUCUGUCAGUGUUGGACAUGAAAAUUGGCCUUCAGUGUUCCUCCUUUCUUCAUUCUUUCAAUCGUAUUUUAUAAUGAUGACAAUGAUGAUGAAUCGAUGACGUCCUCAACACAAGCAUGUGCUCCUUCUGCAGAUAGAUGAAUUUACAACAUGCGUCACAAAAGGUUUCAUUUAAUAUUUUCCCCCAGAGAAGCGACAUCCAGUGUAUUGAACAUGAUGUGGAAGCUUCUAGAUCUUGCUAGCAACUGUGUGUAUUUGUAUGUAUGUAUGUACAGAAUGUGCGUUUAUGUUCAAUACCAGUCAAGUUUGGCCAUACGUUCUCAUUCAACAGCAUGAGAAAGUGUGUCUAAACUUUUGACUGGCACUGUAUGUAUGUCUAUGUAUGUAUAUAUACUGUAUGUAUGUGCGGACUGGAUGCACGUGUGUGUGUGUAUGUAUGUAGUGUGAUUAGCUGAUUGACUUCCAUGUGCUCUUAUUGCUUUGUGACUUUUAAUCCACCAUGGUUGUGUACUGCAAUCACACUUGUACAAACACAACAUUUGAAGCCAACUGUAAAUAGCGCUAAAGAAUUCCCCUCCCCGCCCUCCACCUGUAAACUAAAUAAAGCUUGUCGAAGUGCA